AGUUAAUAACUCGAGCGUACUUAUUUAAAAAUAACUUCCGAAAUAACUUCAGGGCCUCCGCGCGCAUGCGCCUCCGGCCCUGCCGGCGGCCUAACGGGCAUGAAAGGACACCCCGCGGCCCGCCAACAAGUCGGGUGGGCGCGAAUGGAACUGUUCCUAUAUGGCGCGGGCAUUCUCACAGCACUGAUCACUCAAUACUCGUCAGACAAGCGACGAUGCCAAUAAAUGUGGGCCCAACGCUUCUUUCGAGGUGAAGAUGCCCACCUAGCGCCAUGGUGUUGUACACAGAUAUUCCUUUGUGUCAGAGACAAGCGAACACUUUAUUAUUUUUCAGUUUAGGGUUGUCCGCAAGAUGCAUCGCGCAGAAAAUAGUCUAGUUGUCGUCAGUAAUUUCUUUCGGAUCUUUUUUAGCGCCGCACUCUCUUGUUGUCGAGGGUGUGCCUUUCGAACACGCUCACGUUCGGCGCUUUAGAAGCGGCAUUGAGACAACGUUCCCACGUGUUCGACACCGGAGGUGUCUCUUCGUCGGCGUCCUGGUC